AUGGUGCUGUUUUAUGUUCGCUACGUCAAUUGGACUCUUAACCAUGAAGAGUAUCCCCCACGGCAACAUAGUCCGGUCCGAAAUAGUCCACCUGUUGUUGCCUCGCCUCCUCGAAGAAAGAUGUACAAGUCGGAAACAUCUUCGACUGAAUCUGCCACAAAUGCUUCUUCCUCGCAACAGCCUGAAAUAGAAAGAACUUAUAUGUCAAACGACACAUCAACAAGGUUGGUAAAGAAGAAGAAGACGAGCACAAAGGCAUUAGUGAAGCGUCUACUAGGCGUUGUGUCUGACUUAACUUCUAAAGUAGAUCGUGUAUUACAGAAAAAAAAAGAUGAACCAGACACAGGGUUUGGAGAGGAGGAUGAGGAGAUGAUAAAUGAAGAGGAGGAAGAAACAUAUUACCAUGGUAUACAGUUGGACUAUGAUGAUAUAGCUACUCAUGGUUUGGAGGGGAAAGUUGGGCGUACACCUACGCAUGUUGAGCCGUCACCGGACGUGGGUGAACAUCACACAAAAACAGUGACUCAUAUUGUUAGGCCGCAACGAAAGAGGGGUGUUGCAUGGUAUCAGCGGACUCCGUUCACAGUGGUACAAAACUCAUAUUUUAAAUUUGAAAAUCACCAAAACAAGGAAAAAAAAGCAGUGGAGAGUCCUGAAAAAGAAAAUGAAGACAUUGUGAAUGAAGAGAGUAAUGAUGUUUCAAAUCAUCUCCUGUUGGACAGUGUUCAUGCUGCUAAUACCUGGAAAGUACACAUUUAUGAUUCAGCACGAUCUAUGAAUUUCUUCUCAAAGUACUUGAUUGAUGGAGAAUUCAAAAGUUUUGGGGAUAGUAUUAUCUCAAAGCUAGAUGUCAUUGAGUACUGGAACGAUUUCCCCGAUGGACACAAAGACAACGCAAUUGUGGAGUUUAUUGAUAUUGUAGACGUGCCACAAUAG